AACGAGCUAAAUAUUGCCAUCAUCCGAUUUGUCUAUAGGACCCUUUUUUGACCACGAAUUGUAUGAUUUGUGACCAUAUUACCUCGAACAAAAACAAAUUAAGCUUGAAGUUAAGACCUGAUUUGUAAAUAUUUACUACUUUUAAAAGUUCUUACUGGAAGUCAGAAUGCACAGUCAAUUCACAAAGCACAGUUUAAUUCCAAGAAUCUUAAGUCAAUAGUUAUAUAUUUUGGAAAAACAUUUAAUGUUUUUAAAUUCCUUUCGCCUUUUUUUUACCUCGAGCAGUGAUAAGGAAGAGUUAUUUUAUUUCUGUUUUCCUUAUAAAAUAUCCACUGUAGCUGUCAGCUGAUUGACCCAUUUGCAAAAUGGCGCCAACAGCUGUUUUCAAGCAAAAGCCGGCCUUUAUUUACCUCCUGAACUCGUUCGCAAAUCGUCGCUUAUUACUCGGCUGUUUGAUCAAUAAUCCCCAGGAAUAGCUCCAAAUGCGGAGGUGUUGAGACACCUUCCGUGUUCGCUGGGCCAUCAUAUCACGCAAUCACAUCGAGGACAUGCCAUCGCAGUGAUGACAAACUUUUUGGAUCAGUUGCCCAAGCGAAUCAGGGAAAUCGCUGAGCAGGUUAAUGUCCUUACGCCGGAGGAGGUGCUGACAACGCCGCCAGUCCGGUUCCUGGAUACACGCCAAGAAUCCCUGUACACCAUAGUGCGGCAGUGCACUCCGGAUGAUGUGAGGGUGCUUAAGGAUGCGGCUGCCAAGUGGCUGGCUGAGAUGCCCCAGUCAGCCGAUUCCCUCUUCAAGCCAUUGGUCAACGUAAGAUGGUCUCGGGUGUCCUUCGGAUGUUCAGCCUUGGAUCGAUGCACUGGAGGGGGCGUGGUCACUCGGGGAAUUACCGAACUUUGUGGAGCAGCCGGCGUGGGCAAGUCCCAGCUGCUCCUCCAGUUAUCAUUGUGCGUCCAGUUGCCCACCGAGUUGGGAGGAUUGGGAAAGGGCGUGGCCUACAUUUGCACUGAGGAUGCCUUUCCUGCGAGAAGGUUGCUGCAGAUGAGCAAAGCUUGCGAGAAGCGACAUCCCCAGGAGAAGCUCAACUUCCUGGGAAACAUCUUCGUGGAACAUCAUUAUGAAACUGAACCCCUCCUAAACUGCAUAAGAAAUCGUCUGCCGCGAUUGAUGCAACAACAUGGUAUUGGUCUGAUCAUCAUCGAUUCCGUAGCCGCUAUAUUUCGACUGUACACGGACUUUAUGGAACGGGCCCGUCAGAUGCGUCGUUUGGCAGACGCUCUGCUUACUUAUGCGGAUAAAUACAACUGUGCCGUGGUCUGCGUCAAUCAGGUGGCUGCCAGUGGAGGUCAGGAUGAGGUGCCCUGCCUGGGAUUGCAGUGGGCACACUUGGGUCGAACCCGACUGCGAGUUUCACGGGUGCCCAAACAACAUCGGAUGGGAGAUCAGUUGAUCACGGUGCGCAAAAUGGAGAUCCUGUAUUCGCCGGAGACCCCAAAUGAUUUUUCCGAGUUCCUCAUCACCGAGGAGGGCGUGGUGGAUGUUCCGGAGCCAACUCCAACCCGCCCACCUGCCAAAAUGCGUCGACUGUGAUCGAUUGAAUUUAUUCUGUUUAUUUUGUUUUCGUUUAAUUUGUUGAAUUUAAAAUGUGUAACGGCGGAGCGUCUAUCAGCCAUAUUAUUGUUUAAUAAUCCAAUUAAAUUUAGCGGAAGUUGCAGAAAUCUAUUGUAUUUUAAGAUCAAUGUAAGGUAGCUAGAAAAAAGAAUAUGGUGUUUAAAAGACUUAGUGUCACUUUCUAUUUAGUUUUGGUUGAAAUAAGUGAAAAGAAUAUUUUUUAAAUAUUUGUUUUACUUUGGAAAAUGUAGCCUUAAGAUUCAAAUAAAUAUGAUUUACAAUUCCGCUAAAUUUAUUCAGAA